CUCUUCGUGAAGUGAGUCUUGAAUAGAUACUCGGUAAAAUUAGCGUUUAUGUACGUUUACCCGAUGAUUAAUAAUUAAUACAAACAAAUGAUAUAAAUACAAUAAAUUUUUUUAUCAAUAUAAUUAAAAAAAUAACCAAAUUGUGUUCAUAUUUUUAACUUAAACAAAAGUGAAAAUAGUGCUAGAGACAAUAAGGUAACUACAAUGCUACGACCUGAUGCCAGGUAACGAGUCCGCAGGGUUGCCAGGUUUGUCUCUCAGGUGAACGUGAGCAAAAUUUUAAAGUAUAGUGUUUAAAUAUUUAUUUAAUUCUGAGUGAGUGCAAAAUAAACAAUUGUAUGGUAAUUAUUUCAAGAAAUCUUAAAAUUAAAAACAUUUGGUUCUCCAAUAUUCAAUCUAAAUAAUAAUUAUUUAGAAUUCCAAUAAAUUUUGAUAAACAUCAUUGGAGCCUUUGUAAUUAGUAAAACUAACGGUCACAGCGUGUAUCAAAUAUUCACGAUACAAUAACACAAAAAAAUGUAAAAUGUACAGGCAUUUUGAAUGCAGAUUGAAGGUUUUCCGGUCACGAAGAAAAAGCAUAAUGGAUUGGGUGAUUUUUGUAUGAUUAAUGUCGUUUAUUGUGACUAUUGAUACUAUCACAAUGAGGCAACGCAAAUACAAACGAGAAAGGUGAUUAUUCAACGUCAAUAUUUUUCUCGUAAGAAUACUUGAUGUUCCUUUUUUCAAAAAAAUUACAUUUUCCUUCAACUGAAGCUAUUGUUUUUUUCUUUGUUUUUAAAAUUUUAAAAUACAAAAGAAAUUUAUAUGUAAAUGUGACAAAUAAAUUAGACUACUUUUCAUCAUUCCCACAAAGUCAACUUAGAGAUCAUAGUGUGAUUAGUGGUGUGGAAGUUGUAAACAAUAGUGGACAAUGAAUAGAAUAUCUCGUGGAACCGUUGUAACGUGUGAAAGUUUGGAAGUGCACAUCUAAAACAUAGCAUUUAUUAUAUGUAUUGAACUGAUAUAAUAACUUUAUAUCAAAUCAAAGGUUAUUUGAUCAGUUAAGAAAGCAAGUGUUGUGAAUUAUUUAAACACUGACCAGGAUGAAAUUGUCUCGAGAUCGAGCCAGGAGGCUCAUGAUACUGCUUGUAAUUUAUUCUUUUUGCAAUACAGAAAAUGUUAAAGCUACCGAAUCUCUUCAAGAGCCAAGAUUUAUCAUUCAACCAUCUGUAAUAAGUAAAAUUCUGAUAGAGACCAGGCCAAAGAUUCUCCAAUGUCAAGCUCGAGGAUAUCCUCAACCAAAGUACAGGUGGUUUAAGGAUGGCGUUGCUCUUAGCAAUGAGUUGACAUCAGAAUUGGUUUGGCGAAUUUAUAAUUCUAGCAAGAACGAUGCUGGAGUUUAUUAUUGUGUUGCUACCAAUGAUGUUGGAUCUGUCUUCAGUGAACGUGUUCCAUUUUUUGUUGCCUAUAUGGGAGUCUUCAAGAAUCAAACGGAAAAAGAAGUUACUGUAAAUUAUGGGGAAGCAGCAAUUCUAGAAUUACCACCCAUAGAGAGUCAUCCAGCACCAGACGUCACCUGGUCAACGCCAGAAGGUCCUCUCCCCUAUGACAUUAAAUACGUAACGAAUCAAGGCAACUUGAUUAUUUUAAGUGCUGAUGAUAAAGAUGAACGUUCAUACAGAGCUCGUGCUAUGAAUACACAAGUUGGCAAGGAAGAAUACAGUCCAUGGUUUAAACUAAAAGUUGUUGGAGAUCCAAAUGUUGAAAUAGCUCCGACUAUUGUUGUUCCACCGAACGAUACGCAAAUUAUCAAACAUCAACCUGUUACUUAUCUUGACUGUAUAGCAAAUUCCAGAUCUCUUCACGAGUUACAAGUUUUAUGGAGUAAAGAUGGGAUCCCGAUAGAAGACGCAAGAAUUUCAUAUAGUCUUAACGACCUAUGGAACAGGACUCUAGAGCUUAUUUCUGCUAAUUUGACUUACACAGGAAUCUACACAUGUCAUGUUUAUCUUCGUAGUGGAGAUUAUCCAAUGAUUAAUGCCAGCGCCAAGGUUGAUGUUUUUGAAAAGCCUACAUUCGUUAAUGAUCUGAAACGAGAAACACAUGGGGAUUACGGAUCAACGGUAGUGAUACCGUGCGAUGUUGUUGGCGUACCUACUCCAAAAAUUAGCUGGUAUCACAAUGCAGAGUCAAUUGAUCCAUUUAUUGGCUCUAGAUAUAAAGUUGGAGAUGAUGGCUCUCUGAUAAUCGACAGAUUGACGAUGGAUUAUGCGGGAAUAUUCCAAUGUUUAGCAUCUAAUGAUGCGGGCGAAUCAUCAAGUUAUACAUGGUUGAAAGUAAAAAUGAACAAAAGUCCUGAGGUGAAGAGGGUAGCCCGAUGGGUUUCCGGCUACAGAAUAGUGAGAGUUCGUCAAUCCGACCGCCACUUUGAGUUCACUCACUAUCCAGAGACAUCUAUUCCGAUAAUGGAAACCAGUCCUCGUAAUUUGACUGUUCUGGAUGGCAAAGACGCAACAAUUGUGUGUCGAGCUGUUGGUGCACCAAUUCCUAAUACAACCUGGAUAUUUAAUGAUACGAUUCCCGUUGAAAUUGCCGGAAGAGUUCGACUUCUUGACACGGGGGAUCUUCAAAUAUCUUCAGUAAAUGUCAACGAUGCCGGAAAAUAUACCUGCAUACGUUCAAACGAUGCUGGAUCUGUUAAUGGAUCUGGUUAUCUUUCAAUUCAUGUUCGUACUCAAAUCAUUCGACCACCAAGUGAUACAUCAGUACUUUUAGGGCACACAGCCAAGCUAGAGUGUAAAGUAUCUAAUGAUCCAAGCGUACCUUAUGACAUUGAUUGGUUCCACAAUGCUCAAUUAAUCAAUCGAGCAAGUUCUCGAGUAAAAACACGCCAUGAUGGCACUCUAGAGAUUGGAGCGGUUCGCGCAUCUGAUGUUGGUGAAUAUACAUGUUCCGUAAUAUCCCCAGGAGGUAAUGAAACUCGUAGUGCACGUUUAAGUGUCAUAGAGCUACCAUUUGCUCCGAUAAAUGUCAUUGCUGAACGUGUAGAAAGUAUAUCGCCAAGAACAGUGAAUGUUAGCUGGGUUCCAGGUUUUGAUGGCAAUAGUCCAAUCAAAAAAUUCGUUGUUGAACGUCGGGUGGUUCCGGAAACUGGCCCUAUUGCCGAUUCGUUGUCCAACUGGGUAGUAGAAAAUAAUAAUGUAUCAGCACAAUUACGAUGGAGUUUAUUAAAGGAUUUAAAAGCUGCUGCUGCAUAUCAAUUCCGAGUUACUGCUAUAAAUUUAGUAGGAGAAAGUCCGCCUUCGGAACCAAGCAAUGUAAUUAUAUUGCCCCAAGAACCACCAUCAGGUCCACCUGUUGGAUUUGUUGGAUCUGCGAGAUCUGAUUCUGAAAUCAUAACUCAAUGGCAACCGCCCCUUGAUGAACAUUGUAAUGGACAUAUUCUUGGAUAUAUAUUGAGGUAUAGACUUCACGGAUAUUACAAGCAAAGUCCAUGGACGAUGCAAAACAUCACCAAUGAAGCGCAAAAGAAUUAUCUUAUAUCGGAUUUAAUAACUUGGAAGGAUUACAUCGUUCAAGUUGCUGCUUAUAAUGAAAAAGGAAUUGGAGUUUAUACAGAUGGGUUAAUAAUAAAAACUAAGGAAGGUGUUCCUGAAGCACCACCAACGAAUAUACGAGUGGAAGCUAUUAAUUCAACAGCAAUUAAAGUUUGGUGGAAACCUCCUAAUCCUCAAAAAAUAAAUGGAAUUAAUCAAGGAUAUAAAAUUCAAGCUUGGACUGGUGGAAAUUUUUCCGAAGAAAAUGAAUACAAGUCAAUGAAGGUUCCUCCAAGUCUUUUUGAUCCUCUUGCUGAACAAUCAGCCCUUAUGACUGGUUUAAAAAAAUAUACGCCGUAUAAUAUAACUGUUCUUUGUUUCACUGAUCCCGGUGAUGGUCAAAGAAGUAGUCCCAUUCAAGUAAGAACAUGUGAAGAUGUUCCAGGAGAAGUAGAGAACCUUCAAUUCCACAAUAUCAGCGAUCGUGCAUUAACAGUCAAAUGGCAACCACCAAGUGAAAUGAAUGGUGUCUUAACAGGCUAUCAGCUUAAAUAUAUGAUCAAAGACUUGCCGGAAUCUCUUAAAGUUUUGAAUUAUUCAGCAGACACAUUAUCAAGUAACGUAGAACAUCUCCAACCAACAACACAUUAUAAGUUCGAAGUAAUUGCUUGGACAUCUAAAGGACCAGGAAAAUCUAAAGUUGCUACAAUUCAAUCAGGAGUUGAACCAGUACUUCCAGAACCACCCUCAAAGUUGGCUUUAUCAAAUAUUGAUGCUUUUUCGGUCGUUCUUCAGUUUACUCCAGGCUUUGACGGAAAUUCAUCAAUUAUUAAAUGGACAGUACAAGCUCAAACAAAGAGAAAUACCACUUGGUACAAUAUUUAUGAAGUCUCUGAUCCUGAUGCUAGCACUGUCACUGUUGGAGGAUUGAUUCCAUUUAUGGAAUAUAAGCUUAGACUCAUUGCUAACAAUGUCGUUGGUGCCUCUAAACCUUCGGAACCAACGAAAGAAUUUCAAACUAUUCAAGCACCACCCUCUCAUCCCCCAAUGAAUGUUACGGUACGCGCCAUGAGUGCUACAGAAUUACGAGUACGUUGGAUUCCUCUACAGCAGGUCGAAUGGUAUGGUAAUCCACGUGGAUAUAACGUUACUUAUACAGAAGUACGAACUAAUAAAUCAAAAAGUAUUGCAAUUGAAGAUCAUACAGCAAAUUCUUAUGUUUUGGAGGAUAUGGAGGAAUAUGCUGUGUAUGAAAUUAUUAUGCAAGCUUAUAAUGAUGUAGGAUUUUCAGUACCAAGUCCAAAAGCUGUAGAAAGAACUAGAGAAUCCGUACCAUCAGUAGGCCCAUCAAAUGUUGAAGCUAAUGCUACAUCAUCAACGACAAUUCUUGUCAAGUGGGGUGAAGUUCCUGUAGAACAUCAAAAUGGUCAAAUUGAAGGCUAUAAAGUCUAUUAUGGACCAAUUGGAAAAUCACCGUUUCAAUAUAAAAAUAUUCCUAAAAAUACAACAUUUACGACCACUUUAACAGAGUUGAAAAAGUUUGUACAGUAUCAAAUUCAUGUCUUGGCGUAUACAAGACUUGGAGAUGGUGCUUUAAGUACACCACCAAUUAGAGUUCAAACAUUUGAAGAUGUUCCAGGACCUCCAUCAAAUGUCUCUUUACCUGAUGUUAGUUUCUCUACAGCAAGAAUUAUCUGGGAUACGCCAGAAGAUCCAAAUGGUGAAAUAUUGGCUUAUAAAGUGAUGUAUCAUUUGAAUAGUAGCCAAGAAAGACAAUAUUCUAAGGAAGAAGAAGCAUCCGCAAGAACAUUUACUGCCACUGGUCUAGAGCCAGAAAAAUAUUAUAUGUUUUCAGUGACAGCACGUACAAAAUUAGGUUGGGGUAAAACGGCAUUUGCUUUAGUACUUACAACAAAUAAUCGUGAAAAACCUCAACCUCCGUCAACACCACAAAUCAGUCGAUCACAAGUUCAGAGUCGACAAAUUACCUUUUCUUGGAAUCCUGGACCAGAUGGAUCUGCUCCAUUACGUUAUUAUACUGUGCAAAAAUCUGAAAACUCAGGACCUUUUCAAACUAUUUCCGAACGUGUUGAUCCAACUUCAACAUCUUAUACAGCAGACAAUCUAAAACCGUUUACAUUGUAUCAAUUCCGGAUUCAAGCAACAAAUGACAUUGGACCAUCAGAUUGGAGUGGAGAGUCUUUGCAAGUUCAAACACUUCCAGCAGCUCCUUCUAAAGGUGUUACAGGACUUAAAGUUGUUCCUAUAACUACAACAAGUAUUGAAGUUCAUUGGGACAUGAUUGAAGAGGUACACUGGAGUGGAGAUCAUGAAACUGGAGGUUAUAGAGUUGUUUAUCAACCUCUUUCUGAUUUUCCAACUGCUCUUCAAGCCACUCCAAAGCAAGAGAUUUUAGGAAUUAAUAAAACAAAAAUGAUUCUAAGUGAUUUAAUGGAGGAUAAAAACUAUGAAAUCGUUGUAUUACCAUUCAAUUCCGAAGGAGAUGGUCCUCCAAGCCCUCCAGUAACUGUUUAUGUUGGAGAAGCUGUUCCCACAGGUCAACCUCAAAAUCUUGAAGCUAAACCAAUUUCUUCAACCGAGGUUUAUCUUAAAUGGAAACCACCAGAGGCUCAUAUGCAAAAUGGUGAUUUGUUGGGCUAUAAAAUUUUCUAUUUAGUGACAGAUUCACCUCAAGUACUUGAGAAAAAACAAGAAGAAGAGAUUGAAGUUGUUCCUGCAUCAUCUCUCCAACAUAGUUUAGUUUUUCUUGAUAAAUAUACUGAAUAUAGAGUUCAAGUUUUAGCCUUCAAUCCGGCUGGUGAUGGUCCUAGAACACCACCAAUUACUGUAAGAACUACACAAGACAUUCCCGGACCUCCAGGAAAUCUUCAAUUUACUGAAAUUACAAUGACAAGCAUGAAAGUUACUUGGGAUCCACCGAAACUUCGUAAUGGUGAAAUCGUUGGAUACAUCGUGACUUAUGAAACUGCAGAGCAAAAUGACAAAUUUAGCAAACAAGUUAAACAAAAAGUAACUGAAACAAGUCUUCUCGUUCAACCUCUAGAAGAAGAAGUAACUUAUACAUUCAUGGUUCGAGCAUUGACAAUUGAUUUUGGUCCUCCAGUGUCAGGAAAUGUCACAACUGGGCCUCAAGAAGGUUCUCCAAUGGCUCCGACACAUCUUGAAAUUUCUAAGACAGUUUCCAGUGUUGAAAUGAAAUGGAAAAAUGGUGCUUCUGGAAAAGGACCUAUUCUUGGAUAUUAUAUCGAAACACGCAGAAAAGAUGAAUCUCGAUGGCAAACAAUUGCAAAGACAACCAAUGGACUUCUCUAUGAAUUUACUGUUUCUUAUCAAAAUCUUCUUCCAUCAACAUCAUAUCUCUUCCGAGUUAUUUCAUAUAACAAAUAUGGCAUUAGUUAUCCUGCAUAUUCAUCAGAGACAAUUUUAACGCCAUCAAAACUCUAUUUAGAGUAUGCAUAUCUGCAACAUCGACCAUUUUAUCGUCAAACCUGGUUCAUGGUCACACUUGCUGCCACUUCAAUUGUAAUUAUUAUUAUGGUAGUAGCAAUUCUCUGUGUAAAGAGUAAGAGUUAUAAAUACAAACAAGAAGCUCAAAAAACACUAGAAGAAUCAAUGGCUAUGGAUAUUGAUGAUCGCCAAGAAUCUGACCUUUCUUUAUAUCGUACACGACCUUCAGGCGGUCUAAGUAUUGCCAACGGUUGUGGAACUUUAAGUAAACGUAAUACUUUAGGAAGGAAAUCAAUGCAUCCUCCACCACCACCAUUACAUGGUAAAUCACCUCCAAGACCUUCUCCAGCCUCUGUUGCAUAUCAUAGUGAUGAAGAAAGCUUGAAAGGUUACGAUGAAAAUCCAGAUGAUAGUAGUGUAACAGAAAAACCUUCUGAAAUUAGUUCGACAGAUUCUCAGGGUUCGGAAAGUGAGAACGAGAGUGUUCAAUCAGAUCCCCACUCGUUUGUCAAUCAUUAUGCAAAUGUUAAUGAUUCAUUACGUCAAUCAUGGAAACGUCAGAAACCAGUACGAAAUUAUUCAUCUUAUACAGACUCAGAACCGGAAGGAAGUGCUGUAGUAAGUCUCAAUGGUGGCCAAAUUAUUAUGAAUAAUAUGGCAAGAUCGAGAGCUCCACUGCCUGGUUUUUCAUCAUUUGUUUAAAAAUUAUUUAUUACUAAGGAAAACAAAAAUUUACUAGCAGUUAAUAUUCAAUAUUGUGAUACAGUUCAUUAGAUUAUUAUUAUUAAUAUUAAUAAUUUAUACAAGCGAUUUGUCAAUCAAUCACAAGAGUGUGACGAAAGAUAAUAUUUAAGUGCUUUAGAUAGAUAUUUUUACUUCCAUAAUUGGAUUAUGAAGCUUUAUAUAUACGUAUCACUGGAUGUAUACAUUGACAAUUUGUCAUUUCAUAUCAAUUAGAAGUUAGGCAAGCGAUCUCUAUGAAUAUUAAUACAUAUUAGUGCCACUUUUUUUAUCAUAACUCAUCUAAAGAUUUCUCACUAAGAAGAGUAUAAAAAUAUAUCUUAAAUAUUCAAGAGAAAUUUUAGAAUCUAGCCAUUUGUAAAUGAAUCAUGCUUUUUUUAUAUACAACAUACUUUUAUAAAAUCAUUCAUAUCAUUGUUUCAAUAAUUUACUGACAAUGUUAUAGAAGAUGAUAAAUUAUAUUGAGUACUCGAAGACGAAUGCUUGUUAAUAAAUAAUUUUAUUAAAAACUUUCUUUAAAACGAUUAUUGUAAAUACGCAAUAUUAUUUGACUGAAGUUAAUAUUUACUUUUUUAUAUUAAUUAUUAUGAAUAUGCUACUUUAAUAAUGAAAUAUUGGUAGCUAAUUAUUAUGCCUUAGAAUUUGUAUUUAAGUAUUUUUGUAAGUUUAUUUCAAAAUAAGUUUUAAGCUAAAAAGUCUGAUUUUUAUCUUUUCUUAUGUAUUUCUAUUGCUUUUGAAAAGCAUUUAUCAAUAAUGAAAAUCAAGUGCCUAAAGAAUGGCAAUUGGGGAUAUGCAUCGAAUUUUGCAUAUUUUAUACUCCAAUUUUUAGUUCAAAUUUAUGUCAUGAAUUAUUUAUAUAUUAUAAUUAAUAAAUGAUCUAUGUAACUACCUUAUAAGUUCAAAGAAUUUCAAGAUGUCAUAAUAAAAAAGGGAAGAAAUCCAUUUUUAAAUGUAAAAUAAUGUUUUCAAUACACCAAUAUUGCAUUUAAUAAAAAAUUUAUGAA